AGAGGCUAGAGCGGUUGUGUUGUGAGUGUGAGCCUGAACGGAGGCGAGCAAGGCUAGAGGUUAGUAUUAUUUAUAUUACCGUGCAUUGGUGUCUUCUGCCCGCUCUAAAACACUGUAAACGUCUAGAGGAGUUCCUGGUGAGAGCUAUAACACACCCACAGCGACACAGAUGGCAGUAUCACAAGAUAACCGCUGGCAGAAAGAUGCCGCCGAUCAAAACUUCGACUACAUGUUCAAAUUGCUCAUCAUCGGCAACUCGUCGGUGGGCAAGACCUCCUUCCUCUUCCGCUACGCUGACGACUCCUUCACCUCGGCGUUCGUCAGCACUGUAGGGAUCGACUUCAAGGUGAAAACCGUCUUCAGGAACGACAAGAGAGUCAAGCUUCAGAUCUGGGACACGGCUGGGCAGGAGCGGUACAGGACCAUCACCACAGCCUACUACAGGGGCGCCAUGGGCUUCAUCCUUAUGUAUGAUAUCACCAAUGAGGAGUCCUUCAACAGCGUCCAGGAUUGGUGCACGCAGAUUAAGACAUACUCGUGGGACAACGCCCAGGUGAUCCUCGUGGGUAACAAGUGCGACAUGGAGGACGAGCGAGUCAUCUCGUACGAGCGAGGCAAGCAGCUCGCCGACCAGCUGGGCCUCGAGUUCUACGAAACCUCCGCCAAGGAGAACAUCAACGUGAAGGCUGUGUUCGAGAGGUUGGUGGACAUCAUCUGCGACAAGAUGUCUGAGAGUCUGGACACGGACCCAAACCUGGUGAACGCCAACAAGGGCACGCGACUCACGGAGAACCCCCAGCCACAGAACGGCUCCUGCCAAUGCUAACAUUCUGGGAGACGCUAAGACUCCCUCACCUCCCCGCCACCACUACACAUCUAUCCUCCUGUUCGCGCCUAAAUAUACACUUACCAGCCAUUAGCCACGCCCACAGAUAGACCCAGACCACGCCCGCAACCCGACCAAGUAUGAGCCGCCGAUGGCUCUUCCAGCGAGACUGAUGAUGAUGACCUUCUGGGACCUUCUCAGUGCUGCUGCUGCUGUUACUGCUGUCUCUCAAGAUGUGCAGCAGGACCUGGAAAUAGAGAAAUAACACAAUUUAGAUCAGUUUUUGUUCCGCUGUAAAAUGAAAACUGGCGACAUUUUCCAGAGGUACGAACAAGGAUUAGCACAAUAAUAACGAAAAAUGUUCAGGUUAUUUGUGCUCGGCCUGGUUGAGUGUUAAUAACAGAUUAAAAAUUGAUCUUUUCUCGAGUUAUCUCUCAUACACAGUAUAAAUGCUGUAAAUAUCCUGAAGACAUUUAUUUAUAUUUUUUGUCUCCCGGUGUCCCAGAUAUAGCAAUUUAAUGGGACACGAGUCAGCGUUUAACGUGGAAAAUGAGAAUCAUCUUUUUGGACGGCACAUGGAGUAUGUUUACCCAGUGUGUUGACAUGUCCAGUCAACUGGGCAUUUUGUCGUGAACAUGGAAGAGAGUAGAUACUUGAUUACUAAUUGAUAGUGUCUUCGUUGGUGUAGAUUAUCUACCAUUUGGGACACCUACUAGGUAGAUUGUCUGCUAGGUGGAUUUUUGACCAGUUAGAAUAUCAACCGAUUAGAUUCUUGACCAGUUGUGACUUAGGGUUUAGCUGCAAAACAAAAACAAAAAAUAUGGCCACGUUUGUACUGCUUCGAACACAUAUUUUUUCGAAAUGUCACCAAGUUAUUGCAGUAAAUUGUGAACUGGGAGACGUGAAUGUGUUCCACUCAUCCUUUUAACAGUUUGACUCAAAAUAUCUCCAGUUACUGAGUGUACAGUCUAUAGCGAGAAACAUAGAUUGCCUCAAGAACUUUUAUCUCAAUCCUCCAGUUUCUAAACUUUCAUUUUUUACUUGAUAAUACUGUACUGUAUCACACAUUAGUUUCUUCACUUCACUGUUACAUUAUUGCAGUGUGAUCGUAACUCUUCCUUUCCUUAAUUUCUUUCUCUAUAGACGUUUAAUGAAGAUAGACUUAGUAGAUAGAAGUAUAAGACGUAUACACACAUGAAAUAUUAAACACAGUGGGUGUAUGAGUUACUUAACAAUUAUACUGUAAUGGCUGAACUUUCCAUAAUGACCAAUAAAGGGCCUUGAAAAAUAUUUGUGGAUUUAGAGAACUUAGGGACAUAUCAGUAAGUCAUUAACUAUUAACAGGAGUUUUAAUCUAAUGAGAGAGAAAAUAUGUAAAGAAUUAUCCGUUUGAGAUGAAAAUUCAAGUGUAAAUAGUUUCUGUCAUUUUCUUUUGUCCGAUUCUGGCAUAAUAACAUUAUGGAGGAAUCUUUACUGAGCCCUUUUGGACAAUAGGGCUUCCAACGGGAAAAAAAAACAUUUUUUUUUAAACACUUAAUAUGUCCAUUUAAAUAACUCCUAAUUUCCUUGAGACCGUCAUAAGUAAAGAGUUUCUAUGAUAAAAAAAUGGCUAUAUUAUAUGCCUGAAAUAGUUCAUAUCUGCCUGUUCCGAACUCAGCACUCUGUAAGCGCUUUCCAUGAGUUAGGUCGAGUAGUGGAGUGUUUUACCCCAUAUAUGUGUGCUGAGGGUGUCACCUGAACCCACCACAGGGAUCCGACGAGCACUCAUAUCUGAGAGAUGCGGAGCUUAUAUAUAUAUUUGCUACUGUGAUGAAAAAAGAUUACAAACUUUAUAAAUAAGAGUGAUAGGCUACUGUUUGAUGCUUCACUGACACCAAGAUUGAAAACUUAGUUGUAUUUUGAUAUACUAUAUUCAUAAAGCACUGAACUCAAAUGAAUGUCUUUCAUUUGAACAGUGAAUUAAGAAGGCUUAUUUCAAUGACAUAACUGGAUUAGAAACUCUAAAAGACAUGUAUUGUAAAUAUGGUAACACUAUAGAUUACAUUUGCCUUAGAUAAUCAACAAUAUGGGUUAACACUCUAUCUACCCGAUGUAACUACAGAAUUUAGGCAUGUGCUGUUUGUAGUGUAAGACCGGUAUAUGUACCAAUAACUCAAACUGCCAUAUUAUUGGAAUGAUCUCACACUAGUAUCUUAUUCGCUCAAUGUUUUCUGGAGACUAUUAUUUCCUAUGUUCUGGAAAAAAAAAUAAUGUUCAUUUAAAAACCAUUUGCACUGUUGUUGUCUACACCCUUUUACAAAUGAUUAUCAAAGGAUAAGUUUUCCCAUUGUAUGAUUAUUAUAGAGCUAUGACUAUACGUGUGAGGUGGACCAUAUUUUCAUGCUUGUGGAGAGCCAAGUAGGCACAGUCUAAGUUAAAGUGGACCACUCAACACCUCCCCACUUUUUAACCAUAACUCAAAAGAAUAUUUAUUUCCCACUCGGACAUGACUGGCCAGAUGUCUUAGUCAGUCAGCCAGGUGUCUGAGUCAGUCAACUUCACCUUCAGCCUACCCAGGGAACACUGAGCAUAAAAUACGGCCGUUUACUCGAGAUGGUUCCCACAAUAGGGCUGUGAAACUCUCCGUUGCGUCAAAGACAAAACUACUAUUACUACACAUGUGUCGCGCCUUAGUUCAGUACUGUGUCAUUGGACUUAUGUUGUAAUUUUGUGAUAAUGGAAUUUUUCUCCAGAUGAAUCCUUUCCAUAGUGUCAAUGUCAGUGAUUGUGGGCUCUUGUGUUGGGUCGCAGUAAGUUUCCAUGUUCCUUUCUCGUCAAAAAAAGGACUUGGCCUUAUUUACAGAAUGACGGCUCAAAAUCUAUGGUUGAGACUCACAGUAUGGAGCCUCAAGUGUGAUGUGAUGCCAUUGCUUGUGAAUUACGCUUCUCAGAGCUCAUAAAGCUAAUUAAAUUGCCAGGAGAAGAGAUCUGGGUAGUUGGGUCUCGGCUACUAUCCUGAUGAGGAACUGGGCUUCUCUCAGUUGACCAAGAGUCUCAACCUGUGGUGAAGAAUGACCUAAGCUUCUUCGUGGAUAACAUGAAGACACAAUUUAAAUAUGAUUAAAACUUGGCCUAACUCACAAGCAAUGUGUACAUGAGAAAUGUCUGUGUGUGUUGUAUUCUUCUCUAUCCCGAGUGUUGACUCCACCCAAAGAUCAAGUUGAAUUAAACAUCUCAUAGAUUUAUAAUAUGCAUCUUGUAUAUAUGUAAACAAUCAGAAUCCAUUACACGUUUUGCUACAUUAUAUAUUUUGAACUCUUUGUGUAUCUUUCAGUCCAUUAAUCAGGCCAAAACAAAUUGUGUUCAUUGCUCUCUCUCUCUCUCUCUCUCUCUCUCUCUCUCUCUCUCUCUCUCUCUCUCUCUCUCUCUCUCUCUCUCUCUCUCUCUCUCUCUCUCUCUCUCUCUCUCUCUCUCAUCAACUUGCCUUAGGAUGGAGCCCCGUCCUCUGUCUUUGUACCUGUGGUGUGACAAGUGGUGAUGGAUGCUACUUGCUCCUGUUGUAAGGUUCAUUCUCCGGAGUCACGACACAAAUGUAAAAGCAUUGUACUAUGUUAGUCAGGUUGUGAAUGGUUAGUGUGAUUUUCUUACAGCUGUAUUCGCAACAAAAGGGGACCCUAGGUUAGUUACCCCAGCUCCAGGGAUGAGAGGAGCAAUAUGAUUCUUGCAAUCUUCUCUCCCCUUACGAUUGGGGUUCGGUGUGCAGUAAUUAUCGUGCUGUGCUUGUUGUGAAUACUACUGUUACACAGGAAGCCGUUCUGUGUUGGGUUAUAUCAACCAAUGAGAAUGCUGACCUACUGUAUUUUAGACACAUAUAAAAGCUCUCUUCUCAUUGAAGUAUAUAAACCAAUUAUCAACUGCUGCCUGUACAUGUAAACAAAGCAAAUUGCAUUUCCUACGUCAACCUCACCUAAGACUUGAGUGGAAGAGAGUUAAACCAUCAGUUUUAGGAAACUUUUAUAAUGUUCAGCUUUCAUGAAACUGGUUGUUUCACUCUACAAUAGGACACAUUUCCCAACACCCCGCCUCGUGUGACCUGGCCUCAUAGCACUGUUUCGUCUUUUAAACAUUAGUUUCGUAUUUUUGACUACUGUACAUUGUGUCACGUUUUUUACAACUAUGUACCGGGCGCUCAUCAGGGAGUAGCAUCUGUUCAUGCAGAGUUACGGGUAGUGAAAAUGUGUAAGUCUAAUAACAGGAUAAUAACAAUAGGCGUCUGGCCAUUGUUUACUAAUAGAGCCCAGACUUUCUAACGUCCACCUAGACAACUAUUACCUUGAUCAGAAUUAUAGAACAUUAUUAAUGAAAAGAAAGGGCAACCAAAUAGAGAACUCUUGGUCAUAUUCACUGGUCAGGAUAAAAAACUAAUUAAAUAGUUUAUGAAAAGAUAAACACUACCGGUCAGAGAGAGAGAGAAAAUGUGAAAUUUAAUCGUUUCAAAAAUAUUGAAUAUAUUGUGUUGACAAGAGGCUCAACAGUGUGGUGCGUGUCCAGGUACAAGGAAGGCGGAGUGUGGUGAGCGUGUGCGUUGUUCGGUCGGGUGUGACGUAGAGAGGACACGCCAGUAGGUGUAGGCGGCGACCUGUUGUUGUUAGUUCUUGUGAAAACACGACAAAAAAAAUCAUCGCAGUUUUAAACAAGGCAGGCUUCAUCAUCAAUAAAGAAUUAUGUUGCGAAAA